UCUUUCCGUUUCUACUCUCCCUUUCGUUCUUUUUCCCUCAUCCUGCCUCCAUCUACUUACCUAGACGCGUCUUGUCUUGCCUCCGAAACCCGCCUCACCUCUACGUUGAUUCAGCCAAACUCGGACCCAGGCUUAGGCCACUGCAACGCGUGCUCCAGGACUGGAGACAUAUGCUAGGAUGACCUCUCACGGCACCGUAAAGGCGACUUUCGCCAGCCGCGCCGAAUCGGCAAGCCACCCACUUACAGCCUACCUACUCCGCUUGAUGGAUCUGAAGGCUUCCAAUCUAUGCCUCAGCGCCGAUGUCCCGACCGCAAGAGAACUGCUCUACCUGGCCGACAAGAUCGGACCAUCCAUCGUUGUACUGAAGACGCACCAUGACAUUGUCGCCGGGUGGGACUACAACCCGCAGACGGGCACUGGUGCCAAGCUUGCCGCGAUAGCUCGCAAACACGGCUUCCUCAUCUUCGAGGACCGCAAGUUUGGCGACAUUGGUAACACGGUCCAGAUGCAGUACGUUGCUGGUUCGGCGCGGAUCAUCGAAUGGGCCCACAUCAUCAACGUCAACAUGGUACCGGGCAAGGCUGCCGUCACGGCCCUCGCCGAAGCUGCGGCACGCUGGCGCGAACGGUACCCCUACGAGGUGAAGACGUCGGUCACGGUCGGAACGCCAAGGUCGGAGAGCUUCGACGACUACGAAGAGGACAAUGGAGACGGUCACGAACAUACGGUCGGCACGCCGCGACCGGCCGACAUCAACGGACGCAAGGGUAGCAUCGUCUCCAUCACAACACUGACCCAGCACUUCGAGCCGGCGCCGUCUCCUCGCUUUCCGAGAAACGAGUCCCACAACUCCGACGAGGUCUUGUACGCAGGUAUCGAAGAGGCCCCCAUGGACCGUGGCCUUCUCAUCCUGGCCCAGAUGUCGAGCGCCGGCAACUUCAUGAACAAGGAGUACACACAGGCUUGUGUCGAGGCCGCGAGGGAGAACAAGAAUUUCGUCAUGGGUUUCGUGUCCCAGGAGAAUCUCAACACCGACACUGACGAUUCUUUCAUCCACAUGACGCCGGGAUGCCAGCUGCCACCGGAGGGUGACGAGGAUAACGAGGGCGGCGUCGCGGGAGACGGCAAAGGACAACAGUACAACACGCCCGAGAAGCUCAUCGAGCUCUGCGGUACUGAUAUUGUCAUUGUCGGACGUGGUAUCUUGAAGGCCGGUGAUCCCCAGUCGGAAGCGGAGAGAUAUCGCCGGAAGGCCUGGAAGGCGUAUCUCUCCCGAGUUGCCUAAGCAACUCUUCCAUCUCACGCCCGCACACACACACACACACACACACACACACACACACACAAAUACUCACAAAUACUCACAAACACACACCCAAAUCAAAUACCCAGGCGUGUUUAUUCUUGUUAUUUCCCCCCUCGGCCGCACCGUUGUCGGGGGCUCUUUAGGGUGGCUGUUUCCUGCAAUGGCGAGUACUGUCCGUGGGUUUACGCAUUUCGGGUCUGCAACGACAUUCAUGUUGUAGAAGAAACGGGAAUCAUUCGGCACUGAAUCGGAUUUUUAGACGGGGACUCGGUGACCCGGGAUGGGCACAAAACGAAAAGAAAAAAAAGGGGGACCGGCGUUGAGAUUGACCAAG